AUGAAGGUCGCCGCUGUCGCUUCUUCGCCGCUGCCCGCGGGUGCUGGCGGCCCGCUGAAGGCCGUGCGGCCCGGAGAGGCCGCCCGCUGCGGCCCGGGCCCAGGAGUGUCCCCGGUGGCGGCGGAGCAGGCGGCCGCCGCGCUGCUGUACGAUAUGAAGGGCUGCUACUCGCGGCUACGGGCGCUGGUGCCGACGCUGCCGCGGCACCGGCGGGUCUCCAAGGUGGAGCUGCUGCAGCACGUUAUCGAUUACAUCUGGGACCUGCAGCUGGAGCUGCAGUGCGGCCCCCCCCGCCCCGCCGCUGCUGGGGACUCCUCCGAGGCUCCGUGCAUUCCCGCUGCCGAUCGAAUCCUCUGCCGCUGAGACCGCUCUGGACCCUCCACGGACAUCUUCCCCGGGAUCCCGGUCCCACCACGAACGUCGUCCCCGGGACCCCGUCUUUGAGAACUGCGGCUCACCUGCAUCCCUGGCUCCCCGGCGGGGUCCCCCCGCAGCCUGGGCAGGGGAUGCUGUGGGCCGGAUCCUUCCUUCUCAGAUUGCUGAGAGCAUUCCCCGUAUUGUAUAUUACAAUGAUGCUGGAGAAUAUUGUUCUACAAUAGCUGGAGUUUUGUUAUUAAACAAGCCCUGAUGACCA